ACUUAGCCUCGCCCCUCUGCACCAUAAUUGCGGCCACCACCCCAGCCCGGCCGCCACCUGCCCGGGGAGACACUGCCACCCGACCCUGCCCAGAGCACCCACUCCUUCGCGACCACCAUGUCCCAGACCAGAACGCUAAAGGUCCGCUUGACGCUCUUCUGCAUCCUGGUGGGCAUCGUGCUGGCCAUGGUGGCCGUGGUGACCGACCACUGGGCCGUGCUGAGCCCCCAGGUGGAGCACCACAGCGCCGUCUGCGAGGCAGCCCACUUCGGCCUCUGGCGGAUUUGCACCAAGAGUAUCAUCGUGAGCGGCAGCAAGGACAAGAGCUGCGGACCCAUCACCCUGCCUGGGGAGAAAAACUGUUCCUACUUCCGGCAUUUCAACCCAGGCGAGAGCUCAGAGAUCUUUGAAUUCACCACUCAGAAAGAGUACAGCAUCUCGGCCGCCGCCAUCGCCAUCUUCAGCCUCGUCUUCAUCAUCAUGGGAACCAUCUGCGUGCUCCUGUCCUUCACCAAGAAGCGGGACUACCUGCUGAGGCCGGCAUCCAUGUUCUACGCCUUUGCAGGUCUCUGCAUCUUCGUCUCGGUGGAGGUCCUGCGGCAGUCGGUGAAGCGCAUGAUCGACAGCGAGGACACGGUCUGGAUCGAGUACUAUUACUCCUGGUCCUUCGCCUGCGCCUGCUCUGCCUUCGUCCUCCUCUUCCUGGGCGGCCUGGCCCUGCUGCUCUUCUCCCUGCCUCGCAUGCCCCAGAACCCCUGGGAGUCCUGCAUGGACUCGGAGCCUGAACACUAGCCCUCCUGGGGUCCCAGCGACUCUCAGGGCUUUCCCCCCAAGGAAGCCCAGCCCAGAACAUUCUAGAAAGGAGGCGGGAGCGUCACAUCUCUCCUGUUCCCACCUGACCCACACUGCUGCUGCGGCUUCCCCUCCCCUGGCGCCUCUCUGGGCUGCGACAGGCACCUGGGGAGUCCAGCAAGUGGACAUGAUCCAGGCCUGCCCUUGGUGGGAAGGAGGCGGGCCCAGCAGGUGCACAGGUGUCUGCAAAGGCCCGACCUCCCGCUGGAGCUCGUAGUCGUCCCCACGGCGCCAGCUGUCUGAUAGGCCGGCUGCCGUUGUCCUGUGAGCCUGAUCAGGGACGCCCUGUGCUCAUUACCAGCUCGGGGCGUCCUCCGGGGCAAGCAGCCAGCCCCUCGGUCCUUGGCGACAAGACGCACUGUGUUUGGUGAGCUGACCCCGACCUCGCCUUCUCUGAGGCCGGAGAAGCAUCUUUAACUGGGUAUUUUCUGACUGUGGUUUGAAAUAAAAGUUCUUUGAAAA